AUGAAUAUCGACUACUAUGGACGCAUCGCGGAGAGUCUACAAUUCGACAACAUUCCUGUUAUGAUCGCCACAAGCGCAUGCUUCAUUAUCGGCUUUCUACAAUACACCUACGCCAUAAGACUUCUCAUCCGGGAAGGUCAAGGUCCCAUACCAUUCUGGAUGCAAAGCUUUUACGUCGCGCACGAAUUGACCUUCGUUUACCUCUUCGCCGAAGCGGCGCCCCGCUACGAUUACCACUGGUUCUUCCUCUCAACCUCAUUCUCACUAGCUGUCUGGGCAGGUCUCGAGAUAUUCUGCAUGUGGUAUACCAUCCAGACCCCCAAAGACCGCAUCGCCACUUUUUCACCCCUCUUUAGAAAACAGCCCCCUACUUCAUCGAUCUUGACGUACACUUUCUUUCUGCAGCUGGCUAUGUUUGCAGUGGUCUGGAUAUUGAUAGAGUUUCUCGGCGCAGGUAGCUUCAUGCUCACAGGAGCGCUCACUAAUGUCCUUUUGAUCGUCGGGCCGACACACGAGUAUCUGUCUCGUGGCUCACGCAACGGUCUCUCUAUUGGGUUCUGUCUUACCAACGUGGCCUGCGUCAUCUGGACAUUCGCCCCGUUCAGCUUGGGGGGUUUCGUCUUACCUGAGAUUUUUGAUCAGCCUAUCAUGUAUUUUGCAGGAGCCAUCUUGUUUGGGUACUCGAUCUGGUUGACGACUGUUGUGGCGUCUUAUCCUCCCAAGACAGCUACCAAGGGACGGCCGACGCCGAUUUGGUAG